GGGAGAGAGAGAGAGGGGGGGGUGGGUGCAGAGCAGAGCACAGCAAGACAGGCUGACUGUGUGUGUGUGUGAGUGACUGUGUGAGUGACUGUGUGUGUGUGUGUGUGUGGAGCAGUGAGAGUUGCAUUGAGAUCGAGCCUCUGCCUCAGCCUCAGCAACAUGCAGAACACGGAUCACUACGACUCCAACCACUCCGAGACCAACGAUUACAUGCAACCGGAGGAGGACUGGGACAGAGACCUCCUGCUGGACCCGGCCUGGGAGAAGCAGCAGAGAAAGACAUUCACAGCUUGGUGCAACUCUCACCUACGCAAGGCAGGCACACAGAUCGAGAACAUCGAUGAGGACUUUCGAGAUGGCCUUAAACUUAUGCUUCUGCUGGAGGUUAUUUCUGGCGAACGCUUGGCUAAACCCGAAAGAGGAAAAAUGCGUGUACAUAAAAUAUCAAAUGUCAACAAAGCUCUGGGUUUCAUCGCAAGCAAGGGGGUCAAGCUGGUUUCCAUCGGAGCUGAAGAAAUUGUGGAUGGAAAUGCAAAGAUGACUCUUGGUAUGAUCUGGACAAUCAUCCUUCGAUUUGCCAUCCAGGAUAUCUCAGUGGAAGAGACAUCUGCAAAGGAAGGUCUCCUCCUGUGGUGUCAGCGUAAAACUGCUCCUUAUAAGAACGUGAACAUUCAGAACUUCCACAUCAGCUGGAAAGAUGGCCUUGGAUUCUGUGCUCUCAUCCACAGACAUCGGCCAGAGCUCAUUGACUAUGCAAAACUGCGAAAGGAUGACCCGCUUACAAAUCUGAACACCGCCUUUGAUGUGGCAGAAAAAUACUUGGACAUUCCCAAAAUGUUGGAUGCUGAAGACAUUGUGGGUACAGCUCGCCCGGAUGAAAAGGCAAUCAUGACUUAUGUCUCUAGCUUCUACCAUGCAUUUUCAGGAGCCCAAAAGGCAGAGACAGCAGCCAAUCGCAUCUGCAAAGUCUUGGCCGUCAACCAAGAGAACGAGCAGCUGAUGGAGGAUUACGAGAAGCUGGCCACUGAUCUUCUGGAAUGGAUCCGACGCACCAUUCCCUGGCUGGAGAACCGGGCCCCAGAGAACACCAUGCAGGCCAUGCAGCAGAAACUGGAGGAUUUCCGUGACUACCGGCGUCUCCACAAGCCACCGAAAGUGCAGGAGAAAUGCCAGCUGGAGAUCAACUUCAACACCCUGCAGACCAAACUGCGGCUCAGCAACAGGCCAGCCUUCAUGCCCUCUGAAGGCAAGAUGGUGUCGGAUGUAAACAAUGCCUGGGGUUCGCUGGAGCAAGCAGAGAAAGGCUAUGAAGAGUGGCUAUUGAAUGAAAUCAGAAGGCUGGAGAGAUUGGACCAUCUGGCUGAAAAAUUCAGACAGAAAGCAGCGAUUCAUGAGGCCUGGACCAAUGGUAAGGAGGAGAUGCUGAUGGCAUCGGAUUUCGAGACAGCUUCGCUGUCAGAAAUCAAGGCCAUACUGAAGAAGCACGAGGCCUUCGAGAGCGAUCUGGCUGCUCACCAGGACCGUGUUGAGCAGAUCGCUGCCAUUGCCCAGGAGCUGAACGAGCUAGAUUACUGGGAUUCUCCAAGUGUGAACGAGAAAUGCCAGAGGAUUUGUGAUCAGUGGGAUAAUCUUGGAGCCCUAACACAGAAGAGAAGAGAUGCUUUGGAGAGGACAGAGAAGCUUUUGGAGACCAUUGACCAGCUGUACUUAGAAUAUGCCAAGAGGGCAGCUCCCUUCAACAACUGGAUGGAGGGAGCCAUGGAGGACCUUCAGGACACUUUCAUAGUUCACACUAUUGAGGAAAUCCAGGGAUUGAUCACAGCUCAUGAGCAGUUCAAAGCCACACUGCCAGAGGCUGACCGCGAACGUCAGGCCAUCCUGGGCAUCCACAAUGAAGUGUCCAAGAUUGUCCAAACCUACCACGUCAACAUGGCAGGCACCAACCCUUACACCACCAUCUCCCCACAGGAUAUCAACGGCAAGUGGGAAAAGGUUCGCCAUUUGGUGCCACAGAGAGACAACGCUCUGAUGGAGGAGAAUACUCGGCAGCAAUCCAACGAGAGGCUGAGAAAGCAGUUCUCAGCGCAGGCUAAUGUCAUCGGUCCCUGGAUUCAAACCAAGAUGGAGGAGAUUGGGCGGAUUUCCAUUGAGAUGCACGGGACCCUGGAAGAUCAGCUGAAUCACCUUCGGCAGUAUGAGCAGAGCAUCGUCAACUUCAAGCCAAAGAUCAAUCAGCUCGAGGGAGAUCAUCAGCUCAUCCAGGAGGCUCUAAUCUUUGAUAACAAGCACACCAACUACACCAUGGAGCAUAUUCGUGUGGGCUGGGAGCAGCUGCUGACCACAAUCGCCAGGACCAUCAACGAGAUUGAGAACCAGGUCCUGACCAGAGAUGCCAAGGGCAUCAGCCAGGAGCAGAUGAACGAGUUCCGAGCCUCUUUUAACCACUUUGACCGGGACCAUUCUGGCACACUUGGAGCAGAGGAGUUCAAAGCCUGCCUCAUCAGCUUGGGGUACGAUAUUGGAAAUGACGCACAGAAGAGGACUGGAAUGAUGGACAGUGAUGAUUUCAGAGCUUGCCUUAUCUCCAUGGGUUACAAUCUGAGUGAAGAGGAAUUUAAUCGCAUCAUGAACAUUGUCGACCCCAACCACGUGGGUGUGGUGACAUUCCAGGCGUUCUUCGACUUCAUGUCCCGGGAAACGGCAGAUACAGACACUGCUGACCAGGUCAUGGCCUCCUUUAAAGUGCUAGCCGGUGAUAAGAGUUACAUCACCGCUGAUGAACUUCGUCGUGAGUUACCUCCAGACCAGGCUGAAUAUUGCAUCGCGAGAAUGGCACCGUACAGCGGGCCGGACAGAGUGCCUGGCGCCCUGGACUACAUGUCUUUCUCCACAGCACUGUAUGGCGAAAGUGACCUUUAAAAAAUCCUGCAUCUUCUGGAUGCAGCCAGUGUCUGCUCACCUCUAUUGGCUUUAAACUAAAGAAAUUGUGGAAUGUCUGCUUGGGAUGGCAAGUGCAGUUUACAGAAGAAAUAUUUUUUUCUUCAGGCAACUUCAAAACAUAUUUUAUUAUAGAAAUAGGUAUUUUUCUCAAAAUGUUCCCCCCAAAAAAUCAAAAUGUACCGUUUACUUUUGUUGUGAUAUCUGUAGUCAAGCACAAUGUCGCAUUCCAUGUUUUUCUACUAACGUACACCUGUUAUGUAUAUUGAAAACAGGCCACAUUGUAACUCACCACCGCACAAAAAAAUUCAGCAAGUUCACUCAUUACACAGCAUAAUAAAGGAUUUAUUUUAUAAAUA